AUGGUUAAACAGUACAGUUCAAAAGAUCAUUCUAAACCAAAAAAUUCAAAUGGUGAAGGUAAAACUAGUUCUAAUGGUAAAAUUGUGGAAACAAGAACUUAUGAUCAAAGUUUUAGAAUUAGUCCAAUAACUAAAUUUGAUAAACAUUGCAAAAUUUUCAAAAAAUCUAAUGUGGAUUCAACUUAUCAAACUGAAUUGAAAAGAGUUAUUAGGACUGAUAAAUUGGUUAAAUCUGUUUCAGAAGAUCGUCAAACUAUCAAAGGAAAUGGUUAUAAACUGAAACGUACAGUUAUUAAACAACCUAAUGUCAAUGCAAUCUUCAAAGAUCAUAAAUGUCAUUGUAACAUCAUUAUUAGUUAUGAAAAAAUCGAACUUUUUGAACAUCAAUUUCAUUAUUCAAUUAGAUCAACUAUUCAUUAUGAAAUAUUCAAAUUUAAAGAUUAUAAAUUCAAUCCACAAAUGUUGAAUAAAUCUCAAUACAUUAAACAAAAAAAAUCAGAAAUGAAUCAUAUUGCUAGAAAAUUUAUUAUUAAUGCUAUUCAAAAUCGUUCCAAAUUUAAUAACAAUUGA